CCGAGUCGCUGAGAGGUCAUCGGCUGCCGUGUAGCCCUCUUCGUCGCAUAAUCAAUCUGAGAUGCUGAUGGCCAUUGACUGUGGUCCUCGGCGCACCUGAUGCAACAACCAUCGAUCGCAUCGACAUCAGCUGAGGGUCGGUUCGGAGGGAGUGUGAUGCUGCAUGGCUGUACUGUAUGUUCACUCUCGCGCUGUGCUGCUGUGUGCCUGCAGAAUCACUCAUCACGGCGCGUCACGACUGGUGUGGCGGCUGCUGGUAUGUAGCGCAUCUGGCCUAUAGAGAGUCCAAUAGCGUCGGCUGAGGUGAGCACACCCCGUACUCUCAUUUCGCCGCCUGAUGGCCGUUCAUUUCUGUCUGUGUCCUUGCUUGCUUCAUUCAUUCAUUCAGAUCGCGUCAGUCAUGGCUGUGGCUCCUCGACCCUUCCUUCUCGGCCCUGGAGAUGUCCCCUUCCUGCGCACCCUCAUCGUCCGCAAGGCCGUCCGCAUGGCCACGACCAACCCAGGCAGCGCCGAGCGGGCCGCACUCCACUCACAGAUCAACAACCACACUCGGCAGCAGGAGCUGCUGCUCCACACCCUCGACAGCGCCAUCAGCAUGCUGCGCAACGACGUCAAGGAGUACGUCGACGAGGCCCUGCGUCGUCUCGGGAUCGCCGACGCCAUUGACUUCGAAUUCGACGUCGAUGGUCUGGAGGGCGGCCUCAGGCUCAUCUACCUGCUGCACCAGGGCGCUGCCGAGUGGCCAGCGAUCGGGUGUCUCGUUCGACUGGCGUUCAACCAUCGGCUCACCCCCCGCACGACUCGACCACUGCGUGUGCCGGCCGAGUCGGUGCCGCACGCAGCGGCCUUCCACCAGCUGCCCCUCAGCAUGGCCAUCUACCGCCUCAUUGUGUCAGCGUGAGCGUGGCACACAGAUGUCGAUAUAUCCUUGACCCGAAAGGAUAUGAAUGCGCAUCACAACCAAGUCCCGCAUAUAAGCUCGCAGACACGAUCACGCAUCAUGAAUGGGGCCUGGCUGAUGGCUGUCUGACACCCCCUCUCGCUCGAAGAGCGUCCCACACAGCAGUCAGCAGACAGGCCUCUAGACAGAUGUGAAGCUCUGCUCCACUUAAAACGAUGGACACUUCGAUGUAUGUUAUCAACAGAGAUAGUGGACGCCACACACUGUGUCUGUGCGGGCAUCAUUGCUAUGUACACUACUCAUUACUCACUCCCAAUGCACGCACUCUAGCUCCGUACCACAUGCGUCACACACGUGUGUGUCUGCGGAUGUGGGUGUCGGUGGCAUGGCACGGAUGGCAUGGCAUGAAUGGAUGUGUGUGUGUGGUGGGCUGGGUGAAUGGACGC